AUAUCUGACAAAGGUUACCGAGCAUCAGCUUUGCCUUAUGAGUUAUGAAGAUUUAGAAAGUUUCGAUUGGAAUUUAUACAAUACCGAUGUUGAUUCAGACGACGAUAAAGGGUUUCAUGAAUUUGAAGUCAGUAAAAGUCAGGAAGUACAGGAUGACUUUAAAAUCUAUCCCGGCUUUAAGGUGAAAUUAUCCGAUAAAAUUAAAUCCGAAAUACAAAAUACUCAAGAAGAUGGUGUACCCUUACAUCCUAUUGGUAAUAAUUUAUUAAUAAAGGAGACUAUUCGUCCGCAAAACGACGAUCGUAAAACGAUGGACAUGAAUUCAUUAGAAAUCUUGGUUACACAUGGAUUACAAAUGGAGGAUGAACUGAUAACAUUUCGUAAUGAAAUACAAGCUGCAAAAUUUCAGUAUGAAGAAAAGAAGAAACAUGAAAUAGAUACAAUAAAAAAGGAUUGUGAUAUAAUUUCAAAUUUAGCAUGGAAAAAAUUAAGUGAUCGUUAUGGGCUUUUGGAUCGAAAAUUCUCGGAAAUCCCGUCACGAGAAAAUAUAAUUGAUAUAAGUGAUAAAGAUUUAGUAAGGAUCCAUUCAAAAUAUCCAGAUAAAGUAGGCCAAAUUGAUGAAGCAAUUAAAAUCAAUUCCAACAAUUGGAAUAAAUUGAAAUGUCGAUAUAUUUUAACUUCGACAAUUAUUUUUGAUAUAUUGGAAAAUAAUGAAGAUUCCGCAAGACAUUUUAAAGAUAUAUUAUUUAUAGAUUUUGUACAUGAACUUAUUAAUUCCGAAAUUUUGACUAAGAAGAAAUAUAUGACCAAAAAUCUGAAAGAUAAAAAUUUUGUACAAGAUUUAAUUAGUUCCAAAAAUAUGUUAAAUAUAAAAUCUAUAAAAGACCUUAUGAAUUUAAAAAAUAUAUCAGAUGAAAUAUUUAUACUAGAUCUUGUUAAUUCAUCAUACCUUGGAGAGGACAAAAAAGAAUUAAUAAGUAUUUUCUUUGAAGAAUACAGAAAAGUGAAAGACAUCUUUUCUAAUGAAAUUAAAGAAAUUCUGCAAAAAGAUUCUCUCAUUCAAAAAUUAUCACAUCACUUAAAGGAAGAAUUUGAGCAAGAAAAGAGAAAUAUUGAAUCUCGUGAAUUUCAUAGGCUUUGCAAUGAAAUAGAAGAAAAAUAUCAAAAUAAUGGGAUUGAUAAUACUUACUUAUUCAAACAUGAGUUUGAAAUAAUUAAACCAAAACAGCUUCAAAUAACAAUUUAUGAGACAUCAUUAGAGCAAUCGGAUAUUUUGCAUCUACAUAAUGAAGAGUUUUAUAUUCCAAAUCCAAUUUUUCUUCCUUAUAAUAAUUAUUGUAUUGAUGUAACUUUUCAGAUUGAUUCUUCAAUUUAUGAUUUCAGAAAAAUAGUCCAAUUUGAUAAUCGAAAAUUUCUUCUUGUGCUUUACAAUAAAAAAAUCCAAAAAAUUGAAAUGCUCUUUAAUACUGCUCAACAGUUAGCAAAUAAUUUCAAAUAUACAAUUAAAUCAUUUAAAACUUUGCAUAUAGAUGAAAAUGUAUUUAUUGCAAUUAAUGAGCUGAAAAAUCUUAUCGCUAUAUAUGAUACAAAAAAAGUUUUGCAUUUGUUUUUUAUUAAAGACACCGAAGAACUCUGUUUUGUUGAAAAAGGUGGUUGGACACCAUUUAUAAAAGAAAAAUUAGAGUAUAAUAACUAUAAUAGCGUUACAGGAAUCAAGGAUGAUAAUGAGAUUAGACAUGUUGCUGAUGAUAUGGAAAAUAUUAAUAAUACUGUCAAUGCUAACAAAAUCAAAGAAAUAUGGCGUACUUAUGUUUAUUUUUGCACAAAUUUUGACGGUUCUGUUAAUAAAAUUGUUGACUUACCACCAACCCUUCAAUCCUUGGAAUUCUUGCAAUUUACUCAUAUUAACAAGUUACAAACUCACUUGAUGUCAAUUGAUUUACAAACUGAAUGUUUUAAUUCCUCAAUAGAACGAAUGCAAAAACAGUCAAUUGGACGUGUAAGAUUAAUUGAUUCUAUUAUCGAAGAAAAGAAUACAUGCUUUAAAGAAUUUUUAAAAAUUGCUGGUAAUUUCAAAACUAUAAGUGAAUUUGAUAACUGGAUGGAUUUUCGCAUUGAACCAAAAUCCAAAUUAAAUGAAGUUCUUGAUCUUAAGAAUAAUGAUAAUAUUGAAGAAUAUGACGAGAAAUUUAAGGAAUACCUUUCUGAAAUAUUUAAAGUUUUAAAGAGUUUCACAAAAAAACCCUCAACAGUUUUAAAAAAAUUUUCUACAUCAGUUAUUACUUUCAAGGAACUUGAUAUUAAAAAUGGAAAAUUUCAAAAGUAUUUAUCAAAAUAUAAAUUAGAAGAUUAG